CAACCAGAAGUGUUUCCAGGCAAGGAGGCAGUGUGGAAAAGAGUAGCAUGCAGAGGAACAUAAAACACAUACAGAAUACACACCUGGCAGAAAAUGGAGGCAGUGAGGAGGUGGCAGGCAGACUGGAGGUAUCCCACUACUCUGCUGUGUAUUUACGGAUUCUUCAGCACAGUGAAACCCCUGGAGCCUUUCCUCACCCCCUACCUGACCGGACCGGACAAGAACCUGACAAUAGAACAGGUGAACAACCAUAUUUUCCCGGUGUGGACGUACUCGUACCUCUCUGUGCUGGUGCCGGUGUUCCUGCUCACUGAUUGGCUGCGGUACAAACCGGUAGUUAUUUUCCAGUGUCUCUCCCUCUUCGCCACAACGGCCACGCUGCUCUGGCUCAGAAGUGUCGCAGCCAUGCAGGCCAUGCAGUUCUGCUACGGGGUGAUGACAGCCAGCGAGGUGGCCUACUUCUCCUACAUCUACAGUGUGGUGGAUCUGAAGCGCUACAGGAAGGCCACGUCUUACUGCCGCAGUGUGCAGCUGCUGGGCUACACCGUGGGCUCCGUGCUGGGCCAGCUGCUGCUCAGCUUCGAGCUCAUGUCCUACGACAACAUCCUGGUGCUCACUCUGGUUCUCACCUCCAUCGCUCUCCUCGUGGCCUGCCUCCUGCCAAUGCCACGGCAGAGCAUGUUUUUCCACAGAAAUAAAACAGUGACAGAGGGGACAAAGACGCAUGGAGAUGGGACUGAGGAUUCAACAGAACACUCAUGGAGAGCAAAGGUCUCCCUGGAGGAACCAAGAGAUGAAAUGGUGGAGAAAGAAGCAGGAGAAGGAGUUGAUGAAAAGGAUAAGGACCUUGAGGUUGGUGCGGGAAGCUGCAGCCAAGUCCUCCUCCAGCUGUGGAGGGACUUCAUCCAGUGCUACUCCUCCAGACAGCUGCUCUACUGGUCAGUGUGGUGGGCGAUGGCCACCUGCGGCUACAACCAGACAGCCAACUAUGUGCAGGUUCUGUGGGAGCAUGUGCAGCCUUCUCAAAAUGGCAGCAUCUACAAUGGAGGCGUGGAGGCAGUGUCCAACCUGUUAGGAGCAGCCACAGCGUACGGUAUCGGCUUCACGGAGGUGAGGUGGGAUCAGUGGGGGGAGCUGGCUCUCGGGGGUUUCUCUGGACUCGGAGCAGCAGCACUCUUCCUCAUGACCUUCAUCAGUAACAUCUGGGUCUGCUACGCCGGUUACAUCGUAUUCAAGUGCCUGUACAUGCUGCUGAUAACAAUAGCCAUGUACCAGAUUGCAGCCGACCUGACGAUGGAGAGGUAUGCUCUGGUGUUUGGAGCGAAUAACUUUGGAGCGUUGGCUUUGCAGACCAUCAUCACCUCUGUGGUGGUGGACAGCAGAGGGCUGGGCCUGGGCAUCAUUCCUCAGUUCACCAUAUACGCCAGCUACUUCUCACUCAUCGCUGUCGUUUUCUCACUUCGGGGACUUUUUACCAUUUGGAGACGCAACAAAGAGUCCACUGCUGCCGUCAGAAAUGACCCUCCGGACUGUGACGAACACAAAUUCUGAAUACAUGGGAUUUCACUUUGCAGAGUUAAAAGCUUCAAAUUACUGCCGACUGCAACACCAUGAAUAUAAAUAUAUAUAUUUUUUUAUAUAUAUAUAUAUCUA